GUUAUUAAUAGCAAGUUUUAAUAGAUUAAAUGGUCAAGGUAAAUAUGUAUUAGUUGAAAACUCUAAUUAGUAGCCAGGUGUCAUACGUUUUUGUUGAAUAUAGCUAGUGAUUCUUUUCCUCUUAAUUUAUUUGGGAGACUGUUCCACAGUUUAGCCCCUCUAUAGCUAAGACUUUUUUAAGAUAUUCAGUCUUAGCCUUGGGCAAAUGGAGUAUAGUGGAAGAGCCCCGCAAAUUGUAGUGCUGGGAGGAAGACGUCUUUUGAAAAAUAUCAGUAAGUCGUAAGGGCGCUAGAUCAUGAGUAAUUUUAUACAUAAGACUUGCCACAAACUGAGUACUGCGUUUGCUCAGAGGCUUCCAGUUUAAUUCAUUUAGAGCAAGUUCAGAUUGACCAUGUUCAUUUUUACGACCCACGAUAGCUCUAGCAGCCCUAUUUUGUAAUUUCUGGAGACGAUCAGAAAGUGUGGUACCAAUGGUGUCCCAUACUUCGCAACAGUAAUCAAGGUGAGGCAAAACAAGUGCAUUAUAGGCACAAAUUAAUGUAUUACGGUCUACACAUGGCGGACGCGGACUGGCGGACGCGGACUGGCGGAGGCGAACUGGCCUGCGCGCGUUUCAACCGCGUAUAUUAACUCGAAACUUACGGAUAUUCAAACUUAAGCAUACAUGAUGAUGAUGAUGAUGAUGAUGAUGAUGAUAAACUUUAUUUAACCACGCUAACAUUGUAAGCAGAAGCUGAUUUCCACAAUGGGCGUGUAAAAAUCAUUAACAAAUUGUUACAAGUAAAAUAAUAAGGAAAUAUUAACAUGCAGAAUAUAAAAUUAUUAAAAUAUAUACAAAAAGUUUGCAAUUUACAAUGAUGUGGUUGUCUUUAUAAGCUAUAGGUAGCGAUUUUUCUUUUAAAACUUGAGAGCAAAUUACUUUCUUUUAUAUUUUUUGGAAUAGUUCCAUAUGGAAGCUCCAUCAUACAUGAAACUCUUUUUCAUAUUGUUUGUGUUUGGCUUGGGCAAACGUAUGGUACUUGAGCUGUUACGAAGACUGCGGUUUAAUAUUUCUUUUUUGAAAGUAAAUAAUUCUUUGAGACAAUUUGGCCCCAUGUUAUUGAACGUUUUAAACAUUAUUUUUGCCUUUGCUUUCACUCUUUGUUCCUUGACUGGUUCCCAUCCUAAUAUAUUUAGCACAGUUUGUUGAUCUACCUCAUUACGCACACAUGCUAUUACACGGGCAGCUCUGUUAUGAAGUUAUUGGAGACGCGUGGAUUGCGUUUCACCAAAUAUAUUCCAAACUUGACAACUGUAGCUAAAGUAGGGUUGAAUUAUAGCAUUGUAUACGGAAACGAGUGUUUUUUUAUCAACAUAUUCUUUAAUGCUUUUGAGAGCGUAUAUUCCAGAUGAUACCUUUUUACAUAUAGUAUCUGUAUUGCUCUUCCAACACAAAUUUUCAUCAACAGAAUUUAAAGUUGCUGAACAGAAGCUUUUUUCAGCAUCUGUUUAGUACCAAUAAUUUGAAAUUCAGUUUUUGCCACAUUCAAGCUCAGUUUGUUUGCCAUGAGCCAUUUACGAAGCAUUUCUAAAUCUGAGUUUACUGCAUCUUCAAGAUCACUUAAGCAUUCUCCAGCUGCUGUGAUAUUUGUAUCAUCAGCAAACGGCCGUGGUUUUGUUUUACUCAGACAUGCAGGUAGAUCAUUAAUAUAGAGUAAGAAGAAUAGUGGCCCCAAUAUAGACCCGUGGGGUACACCACAUUUGACGUCAUUUCCCCCUGAAAUAGAUCCAUUGACUUCACAUCUUUGAGUACGACCAGUUAAGUAUGAUUUGAGUAAUAGAAAUGCACUUCCUGUGAUUCCAACUAGUUUUAGUUUUUGCAAUAAGAUCUCAUGGUCAACAGUAUCAAAUUAAGGUUUAUUUAGGUCUACAAAUACAACCAAAUUAAAAAGUUUUCUAUCCAUGUUUAUGUACCGAUCAUUUGUGCAAUCAAGUAAAGCUGUUGCAGUUGAAUGAAAUUUUCUGAAACCAAAUGAUGCUCAGAAAGUAUGUCAUUUGCACUCAAAUAUUCAUAAAGUUGAGUAUAUAGGAUACGUUCCAUAAUUUUACUAAUGGCUGGCAACACAGAAAUUGGUCGAUAAUUUCCUGGCAAGUUUCGUUUGUCAUUUUUAAAAAGGGGAAUUACUCUUGCAAUCUUCCAUUCAUGUGGAAAAGUACAUAAAGUUAUUGCUUGAUUAAAGAUGUAAGGCCAUAUAAAAAAAAAAUAGUUGGUUAGCGUCCUUGGCUUCUGCCAAAAAGUGGGCGGGCGGGCGCUUUUUUUUUUAAUUUUUACUAAUUUUUAACGCCUUGGUUUUACUCACUGUUAUAGGUCCGAAACUGGAUUUUCUUGCGCAGUACAGAUAUUUUUUUAUAUAUUUCAAAAUAUAAUUUAUACCGUCAUUUUCGCACGCAAUUUCGCAAAUUAUUAACACAAUUGACUACAGUCAACAGAAAUACUACAUAUAUUAGAGCCCGUUGAUCAAUAAAAGUCGGGUUUUUUUAAAAUAAAAAAUAAAAAAAAGUCCUGAGCGGGGCCUUUUUUGUGGGCGGGCGGGGACGCUAACCAACUAUUUUUUUUUAUGUGGCCUAAGUCAAUGAAUCGGAAAUUAAUGGUGCAGCCAUUUUGAUUAUCUUGCUGGAUAUUUUAUCCAGGCCAGUAGCUUUGCUACCAGACAGUUCACGUAAUAAAAGACAAACACGACUAACAGUAACUGACUGGAAUGCAGUAAAUUCAGAAUUAGUUUUGUCAAGGAAGUCUUUAGAAUGACAUUCUGGUGUACUAAUUUCUUCGGCUAAAUUCGGUCCCAUAUUUGAAAAGAAGGUAUUGAAGCCCUCAGAAAUUUUAUCAGGGCUUGUUAAUUUUAUGCCAUUUAAGUUUAAUUCGUUUACUUAAGUUCUUUGAUUUUGUUUAUCAAGUAAGGUAUUAAUUGUCUUCCAAGCAGCUUUUGGAUCUUGCUUUUCAGUCGCUAUUUUAUUGGAAUAAUAUACCUUUUUGGUUUGUCUUAGAAGAUUGUUGGUUUCAUUUCUGGCUUUUUUUAUAGUUAUCCCAAUCUGUUUCAAGUUUAGUGAUAAUUGCCUUUCUUUUCAAAUUAUCUCUUGCAGUUAUUAAUUUUUUUAUAUGACUAGUAAUCCAAGGAUUUUUUUUAGAUUUUGUUUUUUUGUUUUGAAUUGGGGCAUGUUUAUCUAGGACUUGUCAGAAAAGUUGUUUCCAAAUUUCCCACAUAGUGUCAGGAUUGUUUGCAAAAAAUAGACAUGUUCCCAUGUUUGAGUUCCUAGGUCUUCUAAAAACUGCUGUUGAUUAAAUUUUUUUAUAUUUCUAAUUUCAAUUAUGUUAUCAUUAUCUUUGUGUCGAAUGUUAAUCUUUCCUAUGCCAUAAAUGAGACUUCACUAAUUCCAGUAUGUAUUACACCACAUUUGGAUAUUUUUCCUGGUUCAUUGGUAAUAAAAUAAUCAAUAAGUGUGGAAGAUGUCCUAGUGAUCCGUGUGGCUUCAUCGAUUAUCUGGGAUAAUUGAUAAAUUUCGAGUAAAGAUUUAAGUGUCUUAGUUGGAUGCUCGGGAAUAGACUUAAAAAGGUCGCAGUUAAGAUCACCGACUAUAUAUAUUCCCUUGUUUUCGUUAUCAAUCUUUUUUAAUAGGUUUUCAAGAUGGAUAAAAAAAUUCGAUGAACUUAAGCAUCUGGUGGUCUAUAAACCGUAACAGCCACAAAUGGUCUGCUAUGCAGUUUAGUUAUCUCUAUGCAUAUAGCUUCUAGAUCGGCUGGUAUAUGAUCUUGUCUGAUUUGAUAGUUUAUAGAAUUACGUAGGUAAAUGCAAACACCACCACCAUUUCUAGACCUAUCUUUUCUUAUAAUGCCAUACCCAUCCAUAUGAAUCAUACCAUCAGUUAUGGUUGAAUUAAGUCUGGUCUCACUAAAUGACAUUAUAUCGAGUAAUUUGUUUGACAUAGUUAAGUUAAUUUCAUCAAAUCUUUUUGGCAAGCUUAAUAUGGAAGCAGGCCAUAAUUUGUUUUACAUACCGUUUCGACUCCAGUAUGGAAUAACUUUUGAGCGACCAGUAAAUAGUUCUAGUUAUGGCUAAACUACAAGUCUUUUACGCAUGUGCGUACAGGCAUAAUCUUGUUUGGGUGGGGGGGGGCACAGUAUUUGUUUCCCCAACUGCUUUGCAUUAUGUUGCACCGUACACAUGUACAACUUUGUUCGAGAUUUUUUCAGGGCUUUUUUAAGGAUUUCCCGUGGGGGGGGGGGGGAUUUUUCGAAAAGGGACCUUUCUACGAGAUAUAUAUUAGAAGGGGAUAGCCAUGUGGGCGACAUACCAUGCAUGAAUCCCUUGGGGUGUCUGGCCAUGCGGCAUGUUCCCGCAGAAAAUGUACGAAAUUUGAAGCCCGGAAAUGCUAUUUCCUGCAUUCUGAGCAUUCAAGUUUGCUUUAAAAUUUAUGACGUUCAAUUUGAGCUUCCCUUGAGUGUCAUUGCUGUUUUUGAAUAGCUGGAAGAUGGGUAGUUACACAGUAAGGUAUGAUACUAACCAUACAGCUAUUCAAAACCAGCAUUGACAUUCAAGGAAAGCUCAAAUUGAACCUCUACUCUUUGAGUGUGAGCGCGAAUGACCUUUUAGAAUGCGGGCGUUAGUGGUAGAAAAACGUAACAACUUAAAUCGAUUUUGUUCAACAAGGACAAAGGAUGAAGCCAAAACUUUCUUUCUGUUUAUCUAUUUGUUAUUCUUCGCUGACUUGUUAGAAUAAAUUUAGGAAAAUGGGACUUUUCUUGGAGGGAUGACAAAAUGCGAUUUUGUUGGGGCACAAGAGGGGAUAUUUGCUCCCAUCCCAGCUUGUAUGUUAUGUCCCUGGAUUUCGUAUAUGCUUUUAACAAAUGAGUGUGAUUGUGUAAUGGCGCUUUAGUAUGUUCAAUAUAUUCAAUGUUUCCGGAAUCUUCAUAAUCUUUCCGUCAUCAUUCAUAUACAGGUGUACUUCAUAUAUGACAAAGUAUGUUAAAGGCAAUUAAUAUUGGCGUUAAUUAUAUUUAAUUAUUGAUUGUAGACCGCGGUUCUUCUUAUCACAUUUGACGAGAGUUAUAUGUUUUGCCCGGAUAACACAUGGAUUUUUGCUCAAUUGCCCGACCUUAAAAAUUUUGGGGAGGGCCAGAGCUCCAAGGAUCAACCCCCCCUCCAACCCUUCUGGCCGAUGCGCCUAUGCCAAGCUUUGCACUGUUUUGUCUUGAAACACUAAAAAUAAUGUAUAAAAGAUUCGUUGUUUUAUUAAUACUAGCUUUUUAGUCACUUGAACAUGAUGUCAUAAUGCAGUCUAAUCGUCAUUAUAAACUUAUUAUCGCUUAGUUUCAUCUUAAAAUAUGUGAAGAAAUUAAGAUCAAUAUUAACAUACGUCUUUCUAAACGUUCAGGAGCCUUUUAGUGAUUGAUGUUAGGGCUUCAAAAUUUCAUACCUGCGCAAGUUUUCCCGUCUCCUACGAAUCCGCUUUUACAUUGGCAGAGGUAUGAGCCUUGAGUGUUGUUGCAAGUUGCAUUUCCGUGACAAGGGAAAUUUUCUUCCAAGCAUUCAUCAAUGUCUGAAAAAGUCAAAAUAUUAUAGGCCUUAGAAUUUGACCCUCUACUAUACUACACCAUACCAUACCAUACCAUACCACACCACACCAUACCAUACCAUACCAUACCAUACCAUACCAUAUCAUACCAUACCAUACCAAGCCUUACCAAACCAUACUGUAUCAAACCACACCAAACUAUACCACCCCAUAGCCUGCCAUAUCAAACUAUGCCAUAACAUACCAUAUCAUAUCUUACCAUAUCAUAAAAUACCUCAUUAUUAACUCAAAGUUUAACUACUUACAUUUACAUAAUAAACUUAAAAUAACUCAAAACGAGGUUGCCCCUGCUCAUAUCCCUGGCAUCCCCUUGUCCACGUUGCCUUUUUUCUUUGCUCACAAUGGCGACAGUCACUGGAAGCUGCGACGAUGAAGUUGUUAUGUCAGAAAUCCAGUCGAAUCCGAAGACACCUCCAGGUAAUCUUAACAGUGAUACAAUCGAACAAAUUUCGAAAGCUGCACAGGAUCAACUUUCGGCUAUAUUGCCGAGUAUGAUUCAAGAAAUCAGCAAGUUAACACCUCGUACUGAAGGAGCACACAUGUUGGCACAAACUCCCCAGUUAGCCGCCGGGUCAACACAAGGCUUACGAAAGCGUCCGUUGUCCUCCCGGUUAGCCGCCGGGUCAACACAAGGCUUAAAUGAACAAACUGAACAAGUUUCAGACGAGAACGAGGACGUACAAGAGAUUAAUGCGGAGGAAUUUGAACCUCCUGCAAAGAAGGCCAACCUGUCUGAAUCCACGGAAUUUAGUGACCUAAACGAAGAUAGUCCUGGACGCUGGGAAGCUUCAGAAGAACUUUCUAGUCUUCUUAAUGUUUUAUUCAUUAACAAAACGCUUUCUACAUACGAACGAAAGCAGAUAACUAAAGAAUUCCCGCGUCCAAAUAUCGAGGCAGUAUACACACUAGUUCUCGAUAAUUAUUUGAGCUCACUGAUUGCUGGAGCGAAAGGUGUAGACAAAGAGCCUCAAAGGCUCCAAGAUCACAUUUUAGAUGUGGUUGGGCCAUUAUCGAUGGUCUUUGAGCAUGUAUCAGGAUGGCAAUCAAGCCAAGACAGUGCCAAGACAAUCACUGUACCUUCGAACAAUAUUAAUGGCAUCUAUGCAUGCCUGACAAAAGUCCUGUGUUUAUUGGGAAGUAUUAACAAUCAGUUAACAGUUCAGUGAAGAAAACAAAUUUUGGAUAAACUUAAUCUAAAGUUAAAUUCACUUGCCACUGAGCCAUUUCCAGAUGCCGGCAAGAUGUUGUUUGGUGAAUCCUUUGAAGAAAAGAUUAAACAAAGGAAUGAAACAGCUCGGAUUAUUUCAGCAGCAACUGCAAAGAAACCAGCAAAUCAGUUUUUUCGCAGAGGGGCCCCCUCCAGUUACCGCCCAUGGCGUGGGGGCCAGGAACGGUACAGAUGGAAUUACCAAGCCCGAGGAAGGUACUCCUUUCGAACCCGUGGCCGGGGGAGAGGCAGAUUCCCAAACCGUCAAUUCCAAACAUCCCAGUCACAACAAAGCCAGCAGUGAUUGCUCAAAGUGGUCAAAUAACAGGUAUAUUAAAAAACGAAACAAACUUAACACAUUUCCCCCAAAUAAAUGCAUUGUGGGAAAAGUUCGGGCUGCGUCAUGUAAGCUCAAACCAGUUGCCACUAGCAGGUCGUUUAAAAUAUUUUGUAAAAAAUUGGGAAUUAGUGACAAACGACCCCUGGGUACUCCAGGCUGUGUCAGGGUACCAAAUUUGUUUUUCAAAUCUACCAUUCCAGAAAACUAUUCCGACAAUGAUGGUGUCAGUAGAGGACCAAGAGGUCAUAAACAAAGAGGUGGAAGAAUUGAUAGGAAAACAAGCAAUACAAUAUUUUCCACCACAACAACACAGCACAUGUUUUUUAAGCACGCUGUUUGUGGUCCCCAAGAUAGGUGGGGGCCAACGGCCAAUUUUCAAUCUCAAACAAUUGAACCAAUUUUUCAGUACGAACAUUUCAAAAUGGAGGGCAUACAUAUGCUGCGAGACCUUCUGCAACCAAACGAUUAUAUGGCAAAAAUCGAUCUAAGAGAUGCCUAUUUUACAAUUCCCAUUUAGAAUGAUCACCAAAAAUUCCUUCGCUUUCUUUGGAAAGAUACCCAAUGGGAAUUUAUGUGCCUGCCUUUCGGAUUGGCCAGUGCCCCACGCGUUUUCACAAAAAUCCUAAAACCAAUAGUUGUUUUUUUAAGAAAACAGGGCAUUCGAUUAAUAAUUUAUCUAGACGAUAUAUUAUUGAUGGCAUCAACAACCGAAACACUGUCACAUCAUGUGACACUUACAGUAGCACUCCUAGAGUUGUUGGGAUUUGUGGUAAACUACCAGAAAUCCCAACUGAAUCCAGUUCAAUCUCUCGAAUUCCUGGGUUUUCAAAUAAAUUCGGUAACAUUCAAAUCAGUCUUCCCAAAGACAAAGUAAAAAACAUCAAACACGAAUGUCAGAAAGUCCUAAACCACCAAACAAUAACCUGAGAUCACCUCAAUGCUUGGAAUGGAAGGGCUCUGUUGAGAGAGCCUCCAACGUUGAUCAUCGAGACAGAUGCAUCAACAACAGGUUGGGGAGCUCGUUGUGGGCAAACACAAACCAGGGGCCUUUGGUCCCAAACAGAGCGCUUGUUACACAUAAAUUGUCUGGAACUACUUGCAGGGGAGUUCGCUCUCAAAUCAUUUCUAAAGAGCAAAUGCAAUAUCCAUGUUUUGUUGCUCAUGGACAACACGUCAGCCAUAAGUUACAUAAACAAAAUGGGUGGCUCAACAUCGUUAGUCCUAUCCAGCCUCGCCUUCGACCUUUGGCAAUGGUGUCUCGAACACUCAAUCACGGUCGAGGCACACCAUUUUCCAGGGAGACUGAACACAGUAGCCGACUACGAAUCCCGAGCUGGUCCAGAUUCCAGCGAUUGGCAACUGGAUCCAGUUGUGUUUCAGAAAAUCAACUCCAAAUGGGGUCCUUUUUCAGUAGAUCUUUUUGCAACAAGACUGACAGCGCAACUGCCAAGAAUUGUGAGUUGGAAACCAGAUCCAGUGGCAGAGGCAGUGGAUGCCUUUACACUGGAUUGGUGCCAACUCGCAGGGUGUGUUUUCCCUCCAUUUGCCCUAAUAGGGCGUUGUCUGAGGCAGAUUAAACAACAGUCAGUUCCUCAAAUAACCAUGGUCACACCAGUGUGGGAGACCCAGUCCUGGUAUCCGCUACUGCUGGGAAUGAUAAUAGAAGCCCCAGUGCUACUACCAUCAUUCCCAGGGUUUUUGAGACAAGAAGACAAACUACAUCUUCUUACUCACCUGCAAUUAGCCGCAUGGCGUGUCUCAGGAGAAAUUUCCAAAGUGCGUCAAUUUCACAGGCAGCUCAAGGACUUCUCUUGGCUGCAUGGAGAGUCCGAACAGAGAAGACUUACUCUUCUGCCUGGCGGAAGUGGACUGGCUGGUGUAGUGAACAACAAUUCAAUCCACUUUCAGCACCUUUAGAGGCCAUAGUGAACUUUAUAGCUAUUCAGUUUGAAUUAGGGCUAGAAUAUCGUACACUCAAUGUUUAUCGGUCAGCUAUAUCUGCUACACAUCCACAGAUCCAAGGUUGGAAUGUAGGCGAGCACCCGGUAAUAGUUAAAUUGUUGAAAGGGAUUUUUAAUUCUCGUCCUCCUAUGCCUAUGCCUAGGUAUAUUAAUACUUGGGAUGUGAAUGCAGUCACAAAGUAUUUUGAAAGUUGCAGUGCGAAUUACAAACUAACAUUAAAACAAUUGAGUAAGAAACUAGUUGUGCUGCUAGCACUUACUUCGGCAGAAAGAGGCUCAGAAUUAAUUGCUCAUGAUUUAAGGUUCAGGGGAUUUCAUCCAGAAGGGGUAUCGUUUAACCUUCCGGAGCUUACCAAAGGAGUUCGUACAGGGAAACCACUGAAAAUCUCUUUUCAUGCAAAUUUUCCCACAAAUGAGUUGCUGUGUCCUGUCGCAUGUCUCAAAGAGUAUGAGAAACGAACAAACAAUUUUCGUCCGAGUUCCAGCAAAGAACCAAAUAAACUGUUUGUAUGUAAUAUUUCAAAUCCGAGUUAGUGUUUUAGACGUGGUUUCUAAAUACAAGUGCCAUGAACAAUGGCGAGGCGCAGCCGAGCCAUUGUUCAUGGCACUGGGGAUUUGGAAGCCAAGUUUAAAACACUAACGAGGAUUUGAAAUUGCUACUCACACAUCAUUAGACUUUCAUAGCAAUGAGGCAUGAAAUUAUUAGAUAUUCAAAAAAGUGAGCGUGGCCAUUAACGAUUACAUUCGCUUGAAAGUUUGCAUGAAGUGCAACGAAGCAUUCAGUUCGCUUUCGUCGUGAAUAGAUUAAUUUUGUUGGCAAAAGAGCAUGGUAUCUUCUUAUAAUAUAAGAAAAAGCGGUUUCGAGAACCAGAAAGUGUUGAGCACAGUAUUGUGCACAGUAUUGUCGCUCGGCUGACAAGGUUGGGGAUCCGAAAAACAAUAUAUCAGAUUGUGUGUGCGAUAAGGCGCUAUCUGGUGGAAAAUGAAAGAGCCGAAGUGAAUAUAUAUUUUAUAGACGGUAAACAUUACUGGUAAGUUGCUGUAUUAUAGUGUUUAAAGCGCUGUUUAUUAUGAUAGUUGGUAAAAAAGUUGGUUUUCCUAUAUUUAUGUAGUUUUCAAACGUUCAGGAAAAGUGUUAGCUAUAAAGUGUAGUUAGAAUAAAUUUCUAAAUACAACUUACUGUAUUUAGAAAUAAUUCUAAACAUAGCAAUUAAAUAUAUUUGCAUAGUCUUUUGUUUACCCCUCAAUUUCCCUAUUGUUCAAAGCCCUUCCCACUUGAAGUAAUUAAAGUCCUGGUCUAGACGGGAUAUCCAGAUAGAUACACGUGAUGUAAAUUAAACCAUGUCAUUGGCCGAAAUGCUAUGAAUAUCUAAUGAUGUAUGAGAACAGUAAAUAAACCUCACAAACCUAUAACCUCCUCAACGUUGUCCCAUUGGGUAAAGGAUUGCUUACUAGAAGCAGGAAUAGACAACAAUGUAUUUAAAGCACACUCUACAAGAGGUGCAUCGACGUCUGCAGCAGCUAGAGCUGGUAUUUCUCUUCCUGAAAUAAUCAAAUUGGGAGACUGGACAAAGGAUAGUACCUUCAAGCGAUUCUAUUAUCGUCCGGUAUGGAAUGCUACUGUAGGUCGUUCGAUAUUACACAAUGCUUCAGUAGGAUGAGGCUUUAAACUUACAUUGUUAUAUCGAGGCGAGUAUUAUGAAGUACAAUUGGGGAUUAUGCAAAGGCUGCUUGCAGCCUGCAGCAUAAGCAUAAUUGUACGAAAUAAUAAGAAACGAGAUAUAACAAUGUAAAUCCCACCCACCUCUACCCCUAGUUAUGUGGAGUUUGUUAUGUUUGUUAUUAUUAUUUUCUUUUAGUUUGGAUUUAUAUUGAUGGUCCAUGGUCUUGGAUUGUUCCCCCGAUAUGCCAGGGAUAUGAGCAUGGGCAACCUCGUUUUGAAUUAAAGUUAAUAUAUCCUGUAAAUUGCUAUUGUGAGUGAAGUUAAUAAAGGGCAUUGUUAAUAAGUAUAUUAACUCAUAAACUUUAUAAGUGUGGUCAAUAUAGCCUAUAUAUAGUUUCCAUUUGGUCGCUAGUUGUCGCUGGCACGACAUGUGGCUGAUGUAAUAGAGUGUCAACAGAACUUUAUAAAACUCUAUUAUUAUAAAGACUAUUAUUAUACUAGACUAUUUCACAUCUACCGCUUGUCGUGCGACAACUAACGACCAAAUGGAAACCAGGCUUAUAUGUGGCUGUAACUUUCGAUCGUUUCAGGAAGGAGCUGAGACCCUUUGCAUAUUUUAUGCGUUUAGCCCCCAUGAGCUGUGAUAGCACAAUCUCGUGCAAAAAAAUGAGACUUUUGAUACUUCAUAAACUUAAGCUAGAUCUAGAUCACGUUGUCUCACUUGCCUGUUGUGUUUGCUCGGCUCGUUACAUUCGGUGGCAGCGGAAAAUACUGCAAUGUCUGCAAUGUUCCUGUGAAAGUUUUAUGAUUGCGAUUUUGAUGCUUGGUUACGCGAAUUUGAUGCUUGUUGUGCUGCAAAUGGUUGGAAAGUAACCGAGGCCUAACGACGAAAAAAUUUUUUGGGGGGGGGAAAUGGAAUUUUUAACAAGGUCGCCCCCCAGGAGAUUCGGCCCCCUCAAAAGGGGGGCGAUAUUCUUAGGAAUAUCGCCCCCCCCGGGGAAGAAUAUCCUAGGAAUAUCGCCCCCCCGGGGGGGAUGGGGCGAAUACCCUAGGAAUAUCGCCCCCCUUUAGGAUAUUCGCCUCCCAUAUAUGCGAUGUGGUUUAUUCAGAUAAUUUCGUGAUACUUUCAUCUUAUCAGUGCCUUCACGUUUGAGAAUUUAACUCUGCAAAACUAAUGUUUUUUGGUCUUUUUUGAAACGUAUUACUGGAGUGUUGGCAAGUUUUACCAUUCAAAGAUUAACAAAUUAAUAUUGAAACUGUAAAAAACAGUUUCAUGUAUACGCGCAUUCACUAAUGAGUAAUGACAACUUAUAAGCCAAACAUUUUCCGAUAACGACAAAACGCUUGUGUAGCCUUCUAUAGCCCUUCUUAGUGACUAAUAAUUUUUUUGUGGGGGGGGAGGCAAAAUGGGAGGGGAGGGGGAAUUGGGGGAAUUGGCGCCACCACCGGUGACAACAGACUUCUGUCUUUACGUGUUCUCAAUGCGUCUAAGAGCCCGAUUGAACUGGCUGCUGGUGAGCAUUAUAUUUAACAGAUUUUUGUCCUUUGAUAGAAUCGUGCCUGUCACAACCCAACAUUUGUGGGGCGGUUGUGAAUAGUAGGACAUCACAGCUUAUUUCAGAUAAAAAUAGAGCCUAUAAUUGACCCGCCAUUUCAAGUUGAAGAUGUAGGUGCAAGUUAAAAGAAUUUGCCAAUUUGAGUUUUCGGAUGUUUUUGACGAAAGUUGCAUGCAUAUCAUUAUUGUAUAAUCUUUUGUAUUUGUAUAGUUUUCUCCGGGACUUUCUGAAAAACGGGUGUGGAUAUAUAAUAGACAGGCGCAAACCAAAUGUGGACUGGCGGACGCGGACUGGCGGACGCGGACUGGCGGACGCGGACUGGCGGACGCGGACUGGCCUGCGCGCGUUUCAACCGCGUAUAUUAACUUGAAACUUACGGAUAUUCAAACUUAAGCAUAUAUGAAAAUAUCUCCACUUUGGUUGGAUUUAUAUUCUCUGCAAUAUGGAGCGAAAAAUUGUUGCCUAAACGAGGGGUCAAAAUGCGCGCGUUUCAACCGAGUAUAUUGACUCGAAACUAACGAAUAUACAAACAUAACGCAUAUUUAUCGAAAGCUAAUGAAAAUAUCUACAUAUUGGUGGGAUUUAUAUUCUUGUAGCCACAAUACUGAGCGAAAAAUUGCUGCCUAAACGAAGGUUUCGAAACUGUGACGUCGGAGUACAGAAUAUAAUUUCUAGCUGGAAUAUACCUGUCUGAUUUUAUGUGCGCAUUUCAAAGCGUAUAUUAAUCCGAAACUUAUGGAUAUUCAAACUUAGCACAAUUGGAAGAAAGCGUCCGCGUCCAGUCCGCGCCCGUCUUUUAUCCAUGCCCUCUGAAAAACACAACUUCUGAUGUUGGUUUUGCUUAAUAAAUACUCUUAUCAAUCAAUCAAUCAAUCAAUCAAUCAAUCAAUCCAUCAAUCAAUCAAUCAAUCAAUCAAUCAAUCAAAAGUUUAGGACACACAAACAUCUUGACACAUGAAAUUCACACAGGGAAUAGCAUACCAAUUAGGCAACAUCCUCGUACGUUGCAUUCCUUAUAUGCCCACCCACAGGGGGUCCAACUAAGAGCUGUGUUAUGAAUAUGAAUAAAACAUCAUAUUAAUUAAACGUAAUAUGAAUAAAACAUCAUAACGUAAUAUAGUUAAAUUAUUGCACUUACUUGUAUAAAUCAUAAGAGCUUACAUUUAUAGUGAAUAGCUUCAAACAUUGCUUCGAACGAUGAUUCACAACAUAAACAACAUAGUUUGCUAUUGUUCAAAUAUGGCGAAUAAAUUGACACAACGAAAAUAUUACAUGGCGUUCCUACGAAAAUAACAGCAAGGAUUGCUGGCGCGCGAGCGGAAAGGCGAGGGAAGAAUAAAUUAAUAGAAGGGAUGAAACACCGGUGUAUUUGUAACGCUUGGUUAAUUAGUUGAUAUAUUGAUUAGUUAGAAAGACAUGGCUACGAAUGAAUGGUGACUUUGUUGUAAUGUGGAGGUAUAUGUGUGCCUUCAAAUUGCAUAUGUAUGCCUUCAUAUCAAUUAAUAUUAUAAUUACCAUUUUGACAGAUCUUUCCUUCGUACCCCUUCUUACAUAGACAGUUGAAAGGUUUAACUGGAUCCCAGAUCAUUGUUCCACCAUUGUGACAUUCAUUCACUUCUCCUCUGCACGAUGCCUGCAAAAUAGUUCAUUGCAUGAUGACAUGCAAACAUACUGGUAUCUAUUUUAGAGACUGACAAAGUUUAAAUACGGGAUACAUUUUUUUCUUUAAAAUAAUGCAUGGAUUCGUAUUUCAACCAACAUUUGGGUACACUACAGUAAUUCCCUUUUAGUUGAAUGUCAAACGCCAAAAUCUCCCUGUUGUUAUUUGUCUGUUCUGCAUGGCAGGCGAUAAUCUGGCACGGGUAUAAUAGCGAAUAUUCUCAAAUUGAGAAAAUAUGGGUAAUACGCCUUGAGGUGUAUGCUAAACGGGUGGCAUUUGGAUCAAGCAACGCGCAUAUAAUUCAAAGCUUAAAUAUAGUCAAAACACGACAUUUUAUGUGAACUUGUAAAAAAAAAUACGACCGCAUGUUCAAAACCUCCUCAUGUCCAACUUUGAAAAAGGGCUACAUAGAUCUGCUAGGAAUUAUCAAAUAAUUUACCAUACCUUUUGCCGAAAACACCUUAGAGCGAUCAAAUUAAGGUUUCGAUAUAUAUGCGUAAGGAUGUUUAAACGUGGAUCGAUUCUGGUAUUAAUGGGAAGGUAUACUCUUUGUCCACAAAUUUUGUAUAAAGUAUAUGUAAUUGCUUACCACCUGACUUCGGUCUACAUUAUCUUUGAUGAACGUCCAAACUCGCCUUUCUUUGCUGGCAUUAAUGUCAAAUUUAUGUUCAGUCGUAUUUGUUAGCUGACAGUUCCAUUCAUUCCCCUCAGACUUCUCCUUAUAAUUGAAUGCAACGCAGAAACGGUGUUCUGCGCAAUUAAGGCCGCAAACCUCAUACGUUGGUUCUCUCAAUUGAACGAUGAUGUUUGUUUUUAAUCUAGUCACAUCUAAAAAAAAUACUAAUUUAUUCAUUCGCCGGUUUCAUAUGACGUCACGUGUUGGUCAAGGGUCCGUGGCAAGGGUAAAGGAGGGCUGUUAUGUUGUCUAUAUUGUUUUAUAUUGGCUUUUAGACCCAGUUUACACGGUACUGGAUGAAUUUGGGACCGGGCUGAAACGCGUACUUUCUCGCCUGUUUGGACACGAAUUCGUCCUGUUAGGGGGUUCUCAAAUUCGUCCGAUUCCGUGGUUUUAAUGUAAACGGAAGGCCGAAACGGACGAAUUUCACCCAGUUCCAAAUUCGUCUGGUACCGUGUAAAGGCUAAUUUGCACACCGGAAAUUAAGCAGCGGAUCGGACCGGAUCGGAGGUUUUUCCGAUCCGGUCUGAUCCGGCAAGCGAUUUCCAGUCAAACGACAAGUAGAAUGAUCGGAUCGGAAAAGGAAAAAAUGGAGCUCGUUCUAGUCUCACGAAUUACUAUUUUGCGCUUAUUUCAAAACGGUAGCGGCUCUGAACAAGCUUGGCCUUCAUCAGAUUAACAGAUUUGGUUACGUCGUCGCCAGCAAAGGAGAAGCAAACAAGAAAAAUACAAAAACAGCAUUUGGAUAAGAAAAAUUUUCCAGGAAAGAUAAUGGAAAAGUAAAUACCACUUAUUGAUAGAAUUGUUAAAGCUAACAUGAAUAUUUUUUAAGCAAUUUCGUAUGAAAGGGCUGUUAUACUAAAGAGCUGUUAUACUCUCCAGUUCGUGUAAAUUCUCCCUCGAAUUCUCCAAGAAAGCUCCUAAAUUAUCCUCCAUUUUGUAAAUUUUGUACAGGUAUUAUUUAAUUAUUUUAAUUUAUGUGAGAUAAUACGGCAUUUUGAUUGGUCGUCAGGUUUAAUCCUUGGACCGGACCAAAAAAAGUUGAAAAUAUUUCAAAUUUUUAUUAUCCGGCCAGCAACGUCGCCGGAUCAAUCGGAACCAAAAAUUUCUACUGAUGGCGCAUGCGCAGAGUUUGUUUUGUUCCGAUCCGAUCCGCUGCUUAUUUUCCGGAGUGGAAAUUAGCCUUAAACGGGGUCUUAUAAUAGUCGUAGAACUCAUUUACAUAGGAUGCCAUUUUGUUUCCUAGCUCUUUUGGUUGACUUUAUUUCAAUGAUUGACCCAAACUUGAGUCAAAUUAUGCUAAAAUAUCAAGUAAUCGAAACAAAUUAUCUCUAUUUCUUUACAAAACUUUACAAAACUUAUAUUUCGCGGUGUAUCCCAAAAUACGCGUGUAGUUCUAUAAUUUCCGAAAGACAUAUAAAGCAAACUAGGUCUUAAAAACGUUAGUUGUUUUGUCAGGAAAAAUCGCAAAUCAUAGAUCAUGAGAUACGUUACGGCUUUUCAGCUUUUGUAACCUGAAGCGAACGUCAACAACGCAGCUGAGAGAAUAAACACUUCUCACGCGUCACACGCUUACUUUGGAAUAUUCGUCUGCGAAAGACAUUCAUCUACAACUGUCACAAAAUGAUACAACGCACUUUUUAUUUUUCAAACAGCUUGUUGGUUCGCCAAGAAUAAUCGCAAAGCACAACCAAUGUAGGAAUAGAAAAUCCGGGCGGGCAUUAAGACUAUCAUCACAGUUCGUUUAGUCUGAUAUAAGCGAUGUUUUGUUUGUCUUCACACUGAAUCUUAUCCAAUUGACUGUAAAUUAUGCUGAAGUUUGAAUUAUGUCAAAAGCAGCCCAAUACCUUUUGCAAAAAGGUCUUGGAAUCGUUUUAUGAAAGAACGAUAGGACCCCCCCCCCCCCCCCCCCCGGAUAGUUUUGUUUAAGAUUCAAAUUUCAAGUAGUUUCAGAUUCAGUUUCAGAUUCGAGCUGAAACAGCGUUAGUCUGCGUAAAUCCUUCAAAAGCAGCAACUGUAUAAAUCGGCAGAUACACUGCAAAGAAAGACAUUCAUCUACAUUACUGUGCGCUUCAUUCUGUGUGGUUUUUAUUGCGAUUCAGCAAACCAUGUCCGCAGGGAAAAUCGCAAAAGAUUGUUAUUUUAGACUGCUCUUGUACAUGCAGACAUGGCUUGUCAAACAGUUGUUGUUGAUAACAUGUAUUAGUCCUAUUUUUUAAUAAAUAAAGGCGCGUAUCAAAUCUUUUCAAGGAGGACAUCUUUUAAUGCAUUAAAUCUGAUGAUAUGAAGAAGUGUAAGAGUUUGAAACACUUUUCUGUAGCUCAGGAAAAAUCGCAAAACACAACAUGUCACACUUCCGGUUAUAUUAACUUCCUGUACGUAAUACUAGAUCCAGUCUCCUACUGUUAUAUAAACACGCGUACUCACCAUAGCCGCCAUAUUGUAACAUAUUUUCAAUAAAGCUAGUUUCAAAUAAAACGUGCAAGUUUACAUGGUGUCAGGUGUGGGAUUGAUGACUAGAAGGUCUAGAAACCCAACACAAUAAGUACUUGGUUACUUGUUAACAAAAUGAGUGAUCUAGCUGGCUUUGAACCGCCAAGAAUCGAUUGGACACCCGGACCAGAUCUGCCACAACGGCUCAAGCGAUUUCGGCAGAAGUGUGAAUUACUGUUUGAUGGCCCUUUGAAAGAUCGAACUGUUAAGCAGAAAUGUCGAUAUGUUCUCCUAUGAGUAGGAGACUGGAUCUAGUAUUACGUACAGGAAGUUAAUAUAACCGGAAGUGUGACACAACAGACGAGUUGUAGAUUUUACAACCUGAAGCAAAGGCAACUGUAAAGUUAAUCGAAGAAAUGUUUCUCACGCGGCAUGCUUUAAAUGUGGAAGAUUCUUUUGCAAAAGACAUUCAUCUACGACUAUCAUAGAAUCCUAUAACGCAUUUUUUAUCGUCAAACAACUUGUUGUUUGGGCAGGAAAAAUCGCAAAUCACAACAUGUGUUGAAUUCAAAAAUCCGGACUAAUUAAUACUUAAAGAAAAAGUAUUAAUUAAUUAAUUAAUUAAUUAAUUAAACUUUCCCAAACGUUCGUUUAGACUGAUAUAAACCAAGUAUAAUUUGUCUUCACGACAAAAUUAAUGUUCACUAGCUGACUAGGAGUUAUGAUUAAAUGUUGAUAUGCUCAAAAACGGUCCUGUACUUUUCGCAGAAAAGGGUUUGGAAUCGUGUUAUGGAAGGACAACAGGAUGUCAGCCGCCCCCGGAUGUCUUUCGUUAAGAUUCAAAUUUCAUGUAGAUUCAGUUUCAGACUCGAGCUGAAACAGCGUUAGUCUGCGUAAAUCCUUCAACCACAGCAACGGUAUUAAACCAGCAGAUACCGCAAAGAAGGAGAGUCAUCUACAUUAUUGUGCGCUUCAUUCUGUCUGGUUCUUAUUGCGACUCGGCAACGCAUAUGCGUAGGAAAAAUCGCAAAAGAUUGUUAAAGUGGAAGUCAAGUCCGUAUGUAAACAAACGGUUUGUUUACAUUUUGAACUGCUGUAUUUUUUAAAUAUGAUGUACUGUCUGAAUAUCUAAUACAAUUUUGGUUCGCUAUGCUUCUAAAUGAAUAUGAAAUAGAGUUUAUGUUCAGAAAAAUUCGAAACAUUCGAAAUUUGGUGCAAUGUUCACAUUAGAGGUCCUCACAUUGUUAUGAGCAGAACCCUACCUCCUCCGCAGGCCCUUUUCCGGGCAAAUUUGCGGGCGGUGCAAAUUUGCGGGCCACUUGAAGAACAAUCUCGUUCCCAGAGUAUACCUGUUCGCGGGUUAUGUAGUGGCACUACAAAACCUGCAAACAGGCAUACUCUGGGAACGAGAUUGCUUGAAGUACAGAACAAGAACAGUUUAGAACUGAUAGAGCUAUCCAGUAGGUAAAAUAAAAUAUAAAACAACGGUAACUCCAAAAAUAAACAUUUUACUAAUAUUCUAGCUUUCGACUAAGAUUCAGUCAUCAUUCCUUUAUUAAAAUACUCAGUGGUUCCCGUAAUUUUAGAUAAAAUAAAAUUAGUUUAUUUUAGGUUUCCUCCUGUAGUUUUUAUUAUUAUUAUUAAAAAUUUUAUUUUACAACGCUUAUCCUUCAACACGCCUAGGUUAUUGAUUUCCAAGGAGCCGUUCACACUAUAUGAAUCUAUAUUUACAAAUGGAAGCAAUACAUAAUAAUUACAUAAUGUCAAAAUUAUAAAGAUGUUACACAUUAAUUAAACACCUAUUACUAGUUAUAAAAGAUAUAAAACCAUGCAAAACUGACUGGCCUUAGUUACAUUUACAUUUAAUGUUUAAUACGAUCAAGCGCAGUCUUAAAUUGCCUAAUUGUGGCAUCACUUGUUUUUACACAUCUUGGUAAAUUAUUCCAUGUUUUAGCACCAUUAUAGCUAAUGCUUUUUUUCAUAAAAUUUGUUUUAGGCUUUUGUAGAGUAAACUCGUUUCCGUUGCUAAGUAAAUUAUAAUUAAUGUUAUUUUUAAUUUCAAACAAGUUCAUCAAAUUCUCUGGUAAUUCAUUUCUCUUCGCUUUGUACAUAAAUACUAAACUAUUUUUUUCCCAAUGAUCAAAUAGGGGUUUCCAAUCCAGUUCCCUCAAAAUUUCGUUUGAAGCUGUCUCGUAUGAUCUGCCAGUAGUGACAUUGAACCAAUAAAGGACCACACUUACAUACCAUACUGUAGCAUACUAUACCAUACGAUAUCAUAUAUUACCAUACCAUACCAUAACAUACCAUACCAUACCAUACCAUACCAUAUCAUACCAUACCAUACCAUACCACACCAUACCAUACCAUACCAUACCAUACCAUGCCAUACCAUACCAUACCAUACUAUACCAUACCAUACCAUACCUCUAGUAAUUAUAUCCAGCAUAAAUAAAAUUGAUUUAGUUCAGGUUUUUCCUUUAGUACACUGGAACAGUCAUGAGAUGGCACUAACACGUGUAUGCUUGACGUCUAUGAAAAACAUUUUAAAACUGAUCGAAAUAACCAUUAUAAACAAAGUUAGUUAUUAACCAUUAUCUAUUUUUUAUUCCAGAUACAUUUUGGGUAGUAACAGAAGGUGCAGAUGGAAAAAUCAACUUUACAAUUCCUUGUCACUUCUCAAGCUAACAGUGCAGCAGUACAGCACGAAGCUUUUCUUUUCCAAGUAAAGUCAGUAACAUCCUCCGGACAGAGGACGAAUGCAGGCAAGGCAAGACGUCUAGCUCAGGAGAUUUCCUCACUGUCUACCACACUACCGUUGUCUUAUAGUUCCAGCGUGUUUGUACUGAAGAUCAGUGAUGAAGAACGACUGGACCUAAGCGCCUGCGGAGGAAGUAAUGCAGAACCGAUGCGCAGAACGGACUUACACUUAAAUAUUAUGCACACUGAGAUUGUUAUUAUGAAAUUUGAAUCUGAAACAAUAAAAUCCGGGGGGUUGAUAUCCUAUCGUCCUUCCAAAGAACGAUUCCAAACCCUUUUUCCGCGAAAAAUAUUUGCCUAAUUUUAAAGUAUUUUAAACUUGAUCAUCAUUUACAGUCAACUGGUGAAGAUUCAUUGCGAAAGCAAACGAAACUUCGCUUAUACGAGACUAAACGAACUGUGGUGAAAGUCUUAAUGCCCAUCCGGAUUUUCGAUUCCAACAGCGGUUGUGUUUUUCCUGCCAAAACAACAAGCUGUUUGAAAAUAACAACUGCGUUGUAUCAUUUUGUGAUAGUUGUAGAUGAAUGUCUUUCGCAGACGAAUAUUCUAAGCUAAGCGUGCGACGCGUGAGAAGUAACAUAUGAACAACGAGAGCGAGUGUUUCAUAACACGCCCCAUUCGCGCGUCAAUUGUCAAAAAAGAACCAGUGACAGCAACCCAAAUAUUAACAAACAAACUCGCAUUAAAAUGUUGCGGGGUUUUCUCUGCUUUAAUAUUCAAAAUAGAAACAAAACAAAUCAAACAAUGUGUAAAUGCCUGUGUUAAAACUCCAAAAAAGCAAGCAACGCAGUCAGUAAUUGCCAAAUUUACAAGUGCUCAUUUUCAACUAAAAUCGGAACAGGCAAAUUAAGACGAAUUUCAACAGAAAACCAGUCUCAAACUUCAAAUCGUGAGGGAAGUCGUGCGACAACAUCAGCAUUUAUAAUGUGUGCUUCGCUGUCGCCAUUGUUAUAAAUAAAUUGUCUCACUUAUCAGAUUGUGUGUGCAAUUCUUGUUGGCGGCGGAAAGUACGAAAUUUAUUUCAGUUAUUUCAUUUGGUGAGAACUCUAUACAAAAGAAGAGAGCGUUGAGAGUCCAGAUCGUUUCGUUUCAAACGGCAAUUGAAUACCGUCUUCUGUUUUGCUCUCUCAGCGAAGCCUUGUAAAUCGCAAAGUAUUUUGAAUAGGCUUACAUGCAAUUGCAUCUCAACAUCAACCAAAAGAUAAUUUUCUUGAGGAACAUAUAACGUAUCAAGUCUGUUUGAAAUUAAUGAAACUCAAAGUAAAGGUUACUAUAGUUUACCCCAGUCGUAUUAAAUGUUGCUAUUCCAACACCUCACGACAAGCAAUCCUCAUUGGCAUAACGGUAAAAACAUCUCUUCCUUCAAGUAAACAAUAAACAGUCUGUUCUUGUUCCAUUUGUAAUCGAAAAAAGUUAUCAAUUUUCGAAUUUUAACCUUAUCGAGAGCCUUUGUCUAUAUGCCUUUGUGAUGAAUCACUGACCUAAUUAUAGAAUCCAACAGCAAACAGCCAAUCAGAAUGCCGCGUUCGUGGGCGAACGCGGAAAGUACAAAAUACCGGGCCUUGCUUGCAGGCCCACCAUCAGUUCCCUUGGGCCUGCACGCGGGCUACGAAAAAUGUUGAUCAAUUCAUUUCCUAACUUUGAGGAAUUGCUCUGAACAAUUCCUCAACAAUUUGAUAAGUUCCUUAAAAAGUUCCUAACUUCCUGUUUCAUUGACCAAUCAGAUUGGUCAAUGAAACAGGAAGUUAGGAACUUUUUAAGGAACUUAUCAAAUUGUUGAGGAAUUGUUCAAGGAACUCCUCGAAGUUAGGAAAUGAAUUGAUCAACAUUUUUCGGAACGCUUCUAUUGGCACGACUGUAAUAAAGGAACUGUCACACUAUUGCGUAUCGUACUAGAGUAUGCCAGCGUAUGAAAAAUAUCACUCAUACGCCGGUAUACGCUGACAUACGCUAGGGGUACAUUAGGCGUAGGUUGUAUACGUUUCAAGCACGAUCGCGUACGGUGGCAUACGCUGGCAUCCGGCGAGAUAAAUUUUUUUUUUUAAGCAUGCUCAAACAUUUUGUGCGUAUCGGACGUAUGCUUUAUACGAUAAGCAUACUCUAGGCACAUGCUGAAUAUGCUAGAGGUACGCCAGAUGUACGGUACUCAUACGCUGGCAUUUCAAAGGAUUUUUGUGCGUACGAAAAUUAUUUCAUUAAUUUUCAUACGCUUCUCAUACGUUUCUCUCAUACGCAAUAGUGUGACAGGGCCUUAAGAAAGAGUAUGUUUAUGACAUUCAGUAUAUAUAGUUCAUAAUUCCAGCUGAGGGCCUAUUUAUAUGGAGGCGAGUUACCCGGCAAAGCGAGUUACUCGCCCAGGCGGCCGGGCCAAAACACAAAAAGGAUUUAAGUCGUUUGAAACGUUAGAAAACAUUACAAAACGUCUUCAAAAUACAAGAAUAAGAGCGGAAAAAUUCAGGGAAACUUAUCUAUCGAUUCGUAUGUAUUUUUGAACUACUGUAUUAUAUUUGAAAUGCAAAGCACAUACAGUUCUAUCUCCGGCGGCUGAGUUACAAUGAGGGCAAAAGUGUUUACAUGGAAAAUAUUCAUCUCGCCUAAGCGAUAUCCCGCCUCUUUCUGCGCGAAGUGACCUUUUUCUUUUGUCAGUCUCACUUAUUAUGUCUUCAAGACGUGGCAAAAUGGAUGCCGACAAAAGGAGAAAGGAAAACCGGCUUAAUUCAAAGGUCGCGAGUUCAAAACCCAGCUGCGGCAGGCAGAGUUUUCUCCUUCCGCGAUCUGGAAAUUGUGAAAUAUCUCACUCGAGAACAUUUUCUCCUUAUUAUUGACUAAUUAUUACUCUCUCAGAUUAAAAGACGAAAAAUUCAGAAUAGUGAAAAGGUUUUCAGUGUUUGCUGCACUCCUUUAACGACCGAAUGUGGAAGGUAAAAAUAGAAAAAUAAAAAUCAAUUAGUAUUUCUCGAGAGAAAUUUGAAACAUUGCAAAAUGUUUCGGUGUCCAUGAGAGAAUUUGCCGUCUUUUUCCAUAGUUGAAAAUAUAUAUCAAUGUUAUUUUAUUGGUUUUCAAAGAGCUAGGGUAUAAUAAUAAUAAUAAUAAUAAUAAUAAUAAUAAUAAUAACGAAUUUAUUGUAGCCUUCCAUUUUACAUGGCUCUUCAUCUACAAUGUAACUACUUAUUUACUACUUAUAUACUACUUAUAAUAUAUGCUACUUCUUAUCAUUAGUUAAAACAUUAAAAUAUUGUACAUGCACAUGCUAGAGUACUGGAACGUAAAAGUUAACCCAAACGUUCUCUUGCUUGAUCGAAGAGAAAUACUCUUGUUUCAGCACAAAAUGUUUCAAAGUUUUUCUCAGCCCUUAGGGUUUGAGGUAGUUUAUUGAAACAUUUAGCUGCGGAAUAUUGAAAUAUGUCCCGAUCAAUUGGUGUUUCUAAGAGAUCUUUCGAGCAAGAUCGAAGUCCACUUCUCCCUGGGUUAUAUAAUUUUAGCUUUGCAUAUUCUGGCCAAUGGUCAUAGUUCAAAGCUUUGAAAGCAGUUUUUAGCAGAUGCCAGUCUCGUCUUUCGAGCAGUGGGAGCCAGCCCAAUUUCAAAACAGCGUCUUCUUUUGAAAACUUUCCUGUGACAAAGCAUGCGGCGGAAGAUUGAACUCGCUGGAGACGCUUUAGUAGUUUGGCAGGAAGAGGAUAAAAUACCAAGUCACAGUAAUCGAGCUUAGAUAGUAUAAGGGUUUUACAAUAGAAAACAGAAUAAUAGGGUAUUACAAUAGAAAACAGAAUUCGGAGUGUCUAUUGUUUUGUGUUUUAUAGUAAUAGGGUAUUACAAUAGAAAACAGAAUUCGGAGUGUCUAUUGUUUUGUGUUUUAUUAAAGUAUUACAAUAUAGGUUUUGUUGAACAUGAAAUAUUUUUGGAGAUACAGUACAUACUUAUAUUUAUUUUUUAUCAGUGAAAAUGAAGCAAUCGGGUUGGCAAGGAGCCUUUAAGAGUGGGCCGGGUUUUUGCAUCCUGCGCGCCCCCUCUGAAACGCAACUGCCUGCAUGUUAGCUUCGUGUGAAAUGCAACUGCCCGCUCUGGUUUUCGCGGCAAAAACCGAGGCGUGUAGCAAUUUUUAACCUAAAAAACCAGCCCAAAAAGUUCGAAUAACAUAGCUAAACGAUGGCCAAAAUACGAAAAUAGAUUGCAUCAAGCUCUGUAUAUACUUGCUAAGCAGGAUGUACACCAGAAUUGACAAUAUUUUAAGAGAAAUGCGACUGAAAGCCAGAAAGCUGCUUUGUAUGUAUAAAAUGUACGCCGAGAAAGCUAUAUUUUUGUUUUAAAUGCUCAUCAUGUACCCAACCACGUUGCCGGAAGCAACUGAAUCUGUCAAAGCCGAAGCGCACGAGGCCUAAACUUUUUAUACCGAUGCUUUCUGCUACAAUAUUCAUGAAAAGCAUGUAAAUUUUACUGAAACUAUAUGUCAUUUUGUAUGUUUCUUGCCAGUUUCCUCGUAUUCGUGUCUAUCUUUCAACUUUUCACUUUUUUUGUCAGCCUCGCUUAAUUAACGUCUUUAAUUUUACAUCUGCUGAAAAUUAAAGACGUUAUUUACCGGCAGCGUCUGUCCGGAUGAGAAAAAAUGCGCCCUCGGUCUUGAACAUACAAUUUAUAAGCGUCAGCGAGCCAUAGAAAUGAUAUGUUCCGUUUGCAUAUAUAUAUCAGGAAGUUGCAUGCGGGAAACGUAUCAACGAGAAGCGUUCGCAAAGUUUGCCGCGGGUCGUUUUAAUUUUGAACCAAGAGUAUUUCGGCUUUGAACUACAAAAAACUAUAAAUCUUCUGUAAAAGUUCCAUUUUUUUCAAGUCCACAAAUUCAAGAGACUCACAGUAUAGUAUUUAAAACAAAUGUAUAAAAAGUAAAGCAGAUCAACUUACGGGCAUGUAUGAUAGGGAACGUCGCAGAUUGUCCCAUCGGAAUCAUAGUGUUAAGCUGUCCAGCUGUGAAGUCAUCCAGCACCUGAAACGCGAAAAAUAUUGCCACGGAAAUCUUCAUGAUUCGAAAGAAAUUCAUAUUGAAGCGACGAACUUCAACUUUCAACUGCGUUUUUUUCGCAUGGGAGAAAUAUAAUAUGACCGUGCCUCAUACGACGCGUUCGUGAGAAAUAAUGCGUUACAAUUGGCUGGUUUAUAGUAGGCCGCCCCAGGUGUUUGUAAUAUACAUGUCAUUUUUAAAUUACUAAGAACUCAAUCAUUCUUUUUUAACCUUAUGUUACUGAAAUACAAUACAAUACACUAUCAAUUUAUAAUAGACUGUUAUAUCCUCCUCAUUCCUUGUAGAUGGAAUUUUCGCCUAUAUAAUGCCUGAGGUAUAUAGCAUUAUAUUAGUUGAAGAAUUUUGGAGACAAAUUUGUAAACGAGUUAAUUUAGAAAUUCAUUUAACGACAAGACUUUAACCAUUGUGAAACAUUGGCAGAUUGCGGCGAAAUUGAGCUAGUUCAAAUAGCUGCAUUUUUAAACAAAGUUAAUUUUAUUAGUGCAAUUAAGCGUUUAUAGUCUAUUGUCAUUAACCUUUAGAUUAGAAUUUCAAGGCUCCAAAAUGUCGUUGACAUAGUAACCAACCUAAACACUCUAUCAACACAUUAGCAUGCAUAUAGCUGCAUUUCUAAACAAAGUUAAUUUUAUUAAGCGUUUAUAGUCUAUUGUCAUAAACCUUUAGAUUAGAAUUUCAAGGCUCCAAAAUAUCGUUUACAUAGUAACCAACCUAAACACUCUAUCAACACAUUAGCAUGCAUAAGGUUUUUAGGCUGAAAAAUUUCUACAGAAUUAAUUUACGCCCACAAUCAUUCUAUUUGAAGCCUACAUUGCAAGAAUAUACAAUAUGCAUUUUUGAUUGUCGGUUAUGACCUCUUACUCCGCAUAGACAAAAUUUUAAUUUGUCUCCUAAUCCCAAUGUGUAUAAUGCUUAUAUUAGUCGAAUCAUUUUGGAUACUAUUUUUUGUAGCGUUACAUUUUGUCCAAAAUAGUAGUAGCACGAGUUGAUUUAGCAUGCAUUUUAUUUAAAAGACGUUGGUGAAAUAUUUAAUUUUGCUUUAUAGUAGUAUACAGCAGGAAAAGGAAGCUCUCUAAAUGUUGCACUUCUUAGUACACGUUUCUAGACAGUACAGCUGUUGUUGUUUUUUUUUUACUUUUUCACUAUAACAUUGGAAACAGGGCAGAAUUGUCUGUGGAGAAAAAUAAUUCGUAAAAAAAAAUUCAUUUUGGGGAUUCUGUUCUCAACAACAAAAUAUCGGUUCUAUAGUUUUACGAAAGCAAAUCUAGUCCAGUUGACACCAGAAAUCGCACUCUAAGCAGAACGCAUUGUGACCAGUUGUUCAAAAAAUUAUACGUGCCAUGCAUGCUGGGCGGAUUGACAGUUUCAUGAAGAGUUGUAAUAAUUUCUCAUUAACCUUAUGUUAAAGCAAAGAGAGUUGUUCCCCUAGAUGGAAUUUCAAUUUUUCGCCUACAUAAUGCCUGAGGUAUAUAGGAUUAUAUUAGUUGAAGAAUUUUGGAGACAAUUUUUUGAAGCACAUUAUAAAUAAGUCAAAAAUGAAAGCACGAGUUAAUUUAGAACUUCAUUUAAAGACAGGACUUUAACCAUUGUGAAACGUUGGCAAAUUGCGGCGAAAUUGAGCUAGUUCAAAUAGCUGCAUUUCUAAACAAAGUUAAUUUUAUUAGUGUAAUUAAGCGUUUAUAGCCUAUUGUCAUUAACCUUUAGAUUAGAAUUUCAAGGCUCCAAAAUGUCGUUUACAUAGUAACCAACCUAAACACUCUAUCAACACAUUAGCAUGCAUAAGGUUUUUUGGCUGAAAAUUUCUACAGAAUUAAUUUACGCCCACAAUCAUUCUAUUUGAAGCUUACAUUACAAGAAUACAAUUGCAAUAUGAAUUUUUGAUAGACUGUUAUGAACUCUUACUCCGGAUAGACAAAAUUUUAAUUUGUCUCCUAAUCCCAAUGUGUAUAAUGCUUAUAUUAGUCGAAGCAUUUUGGAUUUUUUUUUGUAGCGUUACAUUUUGUCCAAAAUAGUAGCACGAGUUGAUUUAGCAUUUUAGUUAGAAGACUUUGGUGAAAUAUUUAAUUUUGCCUUAUAGUAGUAUACAGCAGGAAAAAGAAGCUCUCUAAAUGUUGCACUUCUUAGUGCACGUUUCUAAACAGUACAGCUGUUGUUGUUUUAUUUCACUUUUUCACUAUAACAUUGGAAACAGCGGCAGAAUUGUCUGUGGAGAAAAAUAAUUCGCAAAAAAAAUUCAUUUUGGGGAUUCUGUUCUCAACAACAAAAUAUCGGUUGUAUAGUUUUUGAAAGCAAAUCUGAUCCAGUUGACACCAAAAAUCGCACUCUUAGCAGAACGCAUUGGGACCAGUUGUUCAAAAAAUUAUACGUGCCAUGCAUGCUGGGCGGAUUGACAGUUUCAUGAAGAGUUGUAAUAAUUUCUCAUUAACCUUACGUUAAAGCGAAGCGAGUUGUUCCCCUAGAUGGAAUUUCAAUUUUUCGCCUAUAUAAUGCCUGAGGUAUAUAGCAUUAUAUUAGUUGAAGAAUUUUGGAGACAAUUUUUUGAAGCACAUUAUAAAUAAGUCAGAAAUGAAAGCACGAGUUAAUUUAGAACUUCAUUUAAAGACAAGACUUUAACCAUUGUGAAACAUUGGCAUAUUGCGGCGAAAUUGAGCUAGUUCAAAUAGCUGCAUUUCUAAAGAAAGUUAAUUUUAUUAGUGUAAUUAAGCGUUUAUAGUGUAUUGUCAUUGACCUUUAGAUUAGAAUUUCAAGGUUCCAAAAUAUCGUUUACAUAGUAACCAUUUAACCAACCUAAACACUCUAUCAACACAUUAGCAUGCAUAAGAUUUUUUUUCUGAAAAAUUUCUACAGAAUUAAUCAUUCUAUUUGAAACCUACAUUACAAGAAUACAAUAUGCAUUUUUGGUAGACUGUUAUGACCUCUCACUCCCAUGGGCGUACCAGGCGGGGGGGGGGGCGGCAGCCCCCCAGUUUGUUGGGCAGUCGCACAAUAUUCGCUGAACAGUCGGGCAAUAUUGGUUAAUUAAAAAAAUAAAUGGAACAAAUUCUGUAAAUUUUGUGGACAAUUUUGUGAUGUUUCCAAAAUUUUUGUAGGUUCCGGAAAAUUUUGAUAUGUCCGGAAAAAAUUUUUGACCCCUAAAAUGUGACACUGACCGAAAUUUUAUUGGCGACGGGGGGUGGGGAGGUCGCGAAAAUAAAUUCCGGAAGAAAAUUUUUCGGUACUUGUCGGGCAAAAUCCGGAAAAGUCGAUCAAAUUUCUUGCCGACCCCCUAAAUUUUUCCAUCCGGUACGCCCAUGCUCACUCCGCUUAGACAAAAUUUUAAUUUGUCUCUUAAUGGCUAAAAUCCCAAUGCAUACACCUUAUUUAUUCGUUUAAGCGCCGCGGCGCUCUUUAAAUUUUUAUAGCUUCAGAUGCGGCGCUCAUUCGGGGGCGGCGCUCAAUCGGGGGCGGCGCUCUUUAAUUAAAAAAUAUUUUAUUUGUGAAUUAUGACAAGAACUUUUAACUACAAACUAGACAAGUUUUAAAAGGUUUUUGUCACUAAUGCAAUGAUCUAUUGGGAUCAAGAAACUACAGUUUUUCAAAACGCCAUCUUUUUUUUCAUUAUGCUAACCGCGUGGUUUUCACGCGUGACGCGCGAGCGUGAAAUACUAUAAUUUCCCACAGCAGAUCUGCCGUGCGAUAUUAUCAUACCUCGCGCUGCUUUGCGUGAACAUGGAUUUGAGUGAAAUACCGUUACAAAUAACAGCGUCACGUGGUGAAAAUUUUGUUUUAUUGAUUGGGUAAUUUUAUUUGAGGGAUAAAAUAAACAUAUAAUCGCAGCAAAAAUAUACCGCGGCUUUAAGUGAGGCUCAUACACGCAGUCAAUUUUCAAUACUCUGCGGCUUAUUUAGGCCUUGCUUUCAACACGCGUUUUAUUUUAGCAGUGGCUUGCGAUCAAAUUGACUGUACAUGUAUAUACGAGUGUUUAUUGGUUAAGUACAAAAUAUUUCUUGAAUCUUUGGUCGUCAGGUGACCUCACGAAUCAACAGCUUGAUUUAGGCGAACUGGAUAACGUGAGAUAUUGAUUAGCUCAUAAUAAUGUAACUAUUGUUUUGUUUUGUGCUGAAACACCACGUGUAAUUAUCCGACAAAACUUUCUAUCAGUCUUAGCAUCUAAUCAUCAUUAGCGCAAAUAUUAUAAUUAGAUUUGUUAAUUAAAUUAAAUGCACUAAUGACAAUCCGAAGAAGCUUGUGUUUCCCCAAAAGUAAACACAACAAUUCUAUUCAUUUUCAUUGUGCAAAUAUAAAAAAAUAAUUUAAUAAUGCUGCAACAAUUUUCAGACACUGAACUUCGAAACCAAUCAACUUUAUUUAAAUUACGCCAACAUUUUACACUCGUUGAUUAAUUAUAUUACUAUAUUUUGCUCACGGCACAGAAGGUAUAAUUACACAGGAGUAAUUCUAAGUAGAUGUUUAGGGUAAGUAUAUGAAAUUAAUAUCUCAAACGUUUUUAGGAAGCAGUUAUAUGCCUAUCAACAUUGGUAAUUAUAAUCAAAAGUUCUCAACAAUACAUUAUCUGUAAUUUGAUAGCCGAGUGAUAUCACUAGUUAACCAUCUUUCAUUGAAGGUGUAUUAAUAACGGGUCUAGCUAUUUUGCGGGCCGCGGGCUGCGGGUCAAUUUUUGCGGGCUGCGGGUCAGUUUUUGCGGGCUGCGGGUUAAAACAAUUGCGGGCCGCGGGCCAAAUUGCUGGCCUAACUAAUUUUUUGUUGCAUGCCAUAUAUGUUGCAUGCAACUAUAGGCGUACGGGAUGGGGGGGGGGCAGGGGGGGGCAGUUGCCCCCCCCAAAAAGAUUACAAAGUCGAAAAUUCGGGCAAAUGUUCAACAAAAGUCGGGCAAAAAGUAGUAAAAGCAACAAAAUCUCUCUCAAUAAUAAUCCCAGUUUGUUGGGCAAACAAAGCCAGUUUGGCAAUAUUCGCUUAACGUACAGUCGGGCAAUAUUAGGUUAUUAUAAAAUAAAAUGGGACAAAUUGUGUAAAUUUUGCGGAAAAUUAUGGCGAUUUUCGGGAAAAUUUGUUUGAUGUUCCGAAAAAUUUUAGUAUGUCGGAAAAAUUUUUUGGACCCCUAAAAUGGUACACUGACCGACAUUUUUUUGGCGACGGGGGGGGGGUCACAAAAAUUAAUUGUUCCGGAAAAAAAAUUUUCAGCACUUGUCGGGCACAAUCCGAAAAAUUCGGGCAAAUUUCUUUCUGCCCCCCUAAUUUUCUCCCGUCCCGUACGCCUAUGCAUGCAACUUUCAUAUAGCUCUAAAUUUCGUGUCGCGGUGAGCGGCGGUGAGCGUACCGGUCACGUGGAAAUUCGUAAAAUACGACAAAUACCGAGUUUUUCCGACAAGCAAUUCAUCACUCAUGCUCGAGGAAAGAGAAAGAAAAAUGUUUGAGUGUUCGCGGAAAAUGUACAUAAUUGAGCGCCUUAGAAAAAUAGAUCAAGGUAGGUAAAGCUUUGAUGGUUUUAAUUUUCCUUCUAUUCUGUUAUUUGUUGUGAUUCUGGAGCAGUUGUGUUUGCAAUGAAUGAUUAUUUAUCAGCCGUUUUUAAUAUUUAAUAUAUCAAAGUGACUAUAUGACCGGCAGCCGGUCACGGUUUAUCAAAUACUAAAUGGCCGGCAGUCUAGUGACUAGGGUCUAGCUUUUUUGCGGGCUGCGGGUCAGGUUUUGCGGGCUGCGGGUUAAAACAAUUGCGGGCCGCGGGCCAAAUUGCUGGUCUAACUAAUUUUUUGUUGCCUGCCAUAUAUGGCAUGCAACUUUCAUUGGCGAGCGUACCGGUCGCGUGGCAAAUUCGUAAAAUACGAAAAAUACCGAGUUUUUCCGACGAGCAUUUCAUCACUCAUGCUCAAGGAAAAGCAAAGAAAAAUAAUUGAGCGCCUUUAAAAAUAGAUCAAAAUAGAUAAAGCUUUGCUGGUUUUAAUUUUCCUUAUAUUCUGUUAUUUGUUGUGAUUCUGGAGCAGUUGUGCUCGCAAUAAAAUAUUAAUCAUAAAAUGAAUGAUUAUUUAUCAGUCGUUUUUAAUAUUUAUAUCGUGAAGCCUGGCUACGCUAUCAAAAUACUCAAUUUUUUAUAUAUGCUCAAUAUAUACUAUAUUGUGUGCAAAACUUCAAAACUACAGUACAUUUUGUAAAUAGCAUGAAAUAUAUUAAAAUAUCAAACAAAAUUCUCAUUAUACUAUUGAAAUUUAAUACAACGAAAUAGUAUUCCACGUCGAUAAUUUCAAUCAUAGUUUAAUAAUUAUUUUCAAUCUAUAGUAAUUCGCCGUUUCCAUGUUUUUUUUAAUACUUUCGAUAAAGCUACAAUAAAGCUAAAUUUGUAGGAAAUAACAUUAUUUAGUUAUAAAAUAGUAUAAAAGGAAUUCUAACAGUCAAUCGCUUUCGAUAAAACCUUGACCUUGUUUAUAUUAUCGUCGUUUGCAACUAGCGAUGAACAACGUGAGAAUCUUAAGUUUUCUUAUUUUGACAUAAUAGCUAUUUUACAAUAAAUAUAUUGAUAUUAAACUUAUUGAAUCAAUAUUUUAAGUUUCAGGCCAGUUGUACCAAAAGUUAUAAGCGGUAGCGCAUUAUAACCAGGGCACAGAAAGGGUCAUACAGAAGCCCAAUUUCUUGGUUUUUCCUAUGAUUUUCCAAUGAUUUUGGCGGUUAGCACUUUUUUCCAUCCAGCAAACCGCCCUAUCGAUUUUCUAAAGUCGUUUUUUUGCAUUUUUUUAUUAAUUCGAUUAGGAUUAGAGUUAGGGUUGGGGUUAGGGUUAGGGGUUAGAGUAGGGACUAGGUGUAGGGUUUGUGUUAGUUACAUAGCCAUUUAAAGGCCGCUUUCCAAUUAGGAAAAAUUCGUAUGCAUAUGAUUACGAAUAACUUUAGACAUAGAAUAUACUUCAAAGACAGAAAAUUUUGAAUAAUAUUGUUAUUUUCUUUACAUUUUGACAAUAUUUUUUUAAAAAUUCGUCAGGCUCGCAACUAGACCCGCGGCUUGCAAUCGUGUUAGCAUUUUUCUGCCCGCAGCCCGCAUUUUUCUGCCCGCAGCCCGCAAUUUUUGGCCCGCAGCCCGCAUUUUUCGGCCCGCAGCUCGCAUUUUUCGGCCCGCAGCCCGCAUUUUUUGGCCCGCAACCCGCAUUUUUUGGCCCGCAACCCGCAUUUUUUGGCCCGCAGCCCGCAUUUUUUGGCCCGUAGCCCGCAGUUUCGGCCCGCAGCCCACAACCCGCAGAAUAGUUAAACUCAUUAAUAACUACUUAUUAACCGAGCGCAAGGUCUUUACAGAGAAAUAUCGGACCGAGGUCUUUUUUGUACAGACCGAGCCCGUAGGGCGAGGUUUGUACAAAAAGACGGACAUCCUAAAUUUCUUUGUAAAGAUCGAGCAAGCGAGGUUAAUAAAAAGUUUAUUAUAUGGAAUUUAUAGGCAUUUAUACUCGAGAAAAAUAUGAAAUGCAUGAUUUGAAAUGCAUAUUAGUAGCGUGGUACACAUUUGAUCGAAGAAAACAAACAUUACCAAUGUAUUCCUUCCUUUCCACUUAAAGUGCCUAUAUCAUGGUUUUGGAGUUUGCAUAUCUCGUACGUUUAGGGUAUUUUAAGGCACUUUGCAACUAUAUUUUGUUAUUGAAAAAUUUCAUCUUGAUGGAUUUAUUAGCUCUUAAAUUUAUCGGACAUGACAUCAAAAGGAGAAUUGCAAAUCAGUUUUCCUUUGUAUCAUUGCAACGAAAUUCUCCUUUUGACGUCAUGUCCUGUAACUUUAAGAGCUAAUAAAUACGUUAUUUUCGAUAUAUUCAGGCUUUCUCGGGUUUUAUGUGACGUCACUUGGGGGACUAGUCAAGGAUAAAGGAUGGCCUUUAUGUUGCUUUUAUUUAUUGGCUUUUUUUAGUG